ACAAAAAGGUGAAUGAACUUGCUAGAGAUUUACUUGGAAUUGAUGAUUUAGAACUUGCAAAUAUUACUUAUGUUGGAAAUAAAAUGCCAGUAGAUCAAAAUAUGUCUGAAGAUCAUUAUAAGGACUUAGAUAG